AGCCCUUUGAAGGGGAAAGGGGAGGUCACUGCUAAACCUCGAUUAUGAGUCGCUAAUUACCGUCCUUGGAUAGGAAUAACAGCAUGCGAAGCUUGACCAUCAACGUGCUUUAAAGUGUCUCCAAAUAGAGGUGUAAAAAUCAUCACAGAGAUUAGCAAUGUUGCGUCAAGCAGCCAAGAGGAAACAAGAGAAAUGUGCCUCAGAAGUGAAAGAACUGACAAAAACAGACCAUGCUGUCAAUUUACAUCCAGAAGCAAUACCUUUAGGUACAACACCAUAUCAGAAUGAGGAGGAAUGGCGUGUGGAGCGACAAGUUUUGGGUGGAGAAGAUGAAAUCUUGGAAAAAUUGGCUCAGACUGUGAAACCACUGUCUCAAAAGAAGAAAAAUGCUGCAUCCAUCAAUGCUGUGAGCAGACGUCCAGCUUGGGAUGACCCUGAUGAUCUGGCAGUGGUGAAAGUCAAGCGAAAGAAGAAGAAAGAUGCAAAAUGGAGCAAGGCAGUCGAAGAGAUCAGCGGUCAAGAGUACAUCAACAAGCUUAAGGCUCAAUUUGAGAAUGUGACCAGUGGUACUCCAUCAUGGGCAAAACUGCCUUCUGAGCGUCAAGACUUGUCAGAUGAGGACAGUGAUGUAGAUCAGUUGUUGACAAGCACAGGAACCUACCUGGCAACAUCAUCUGCACUGUCUUCUGGUGCUUUACAAAUCAAGCGGUGCCGAGAUGCUAAUGCAGAGGCUCCAAGCAAGGGGAGGUUGAGCAAAGUACAGUUUCACCCCAGUGCCCAAGUUCUUAUGACAGCCAGCAUAGAUGCAUCACUUCGUUUCUUCCAGGUUGAUGGGAAGAAUAACCCAAAGAUUCAGUCUGUGUUUUUGGACAACUUCCCCAUUAUGUCUGCCAGUUUUAGUGCUGGAGGUCUAGAGGUUAUCAUGGGAUCCAGGCACUGUAGCUUUUACUGGUAUGACAUGAUGGCUGGAAAAGUGGUCUUUGUGCCAAAGAUAAAAGGUUUAGGUGAGAGAAACAUGGCAAGGCUGAAGGUGACACCAGAUGGUCAAUUUAUUGUCUUUCUGGGAGACUGUGGCCAGAUGCACUUGUUAUCUGGAAGGACAAAAGAGUGGAUCCACACAUUCAAGAUGAAUGGUACUGUGGAGGACGUGGCAUUUUCUGCUGAUGGAUGUCACAUGUAUUCCACAGGAGGAGAUGGCCAGGUCUAUAUCUGGGAUCUCAAAACAAGAGACUGUAUUCACCAUUUUGUGGAUGAUGGAUGUGUUCAUGGAACUUGUCUUGCACUGUCUUCAGACUCUCAGUAUUUGGCUUGUGGUUCGAACACUGGUGUGGUCAACAUAUACAAUACCAAGGACUGUCUUUCCUCUGCGUCACAUAAACCACUGAAGUCCAUCAUGAACCUCACUACAUCCUGCACUUCAUCAGUCUUCAACCCUUCAACAGAAAUUUUGGGCCUGGCUUCAAAUUUCACAGAAAAAGCCAUCAAGCUGGUUCACUUGCCAUCACUCACAGUUUUUUCCAACUUUCCUGAAUUUAAUGAUACAAAGCUUCACAUCCCAUGGACAAUGGACUUCUCUGUCAACAGUGGUUACAUGGCUGUUGGUAAUCACAAGGGAAAUGCACUACUGUAUAGGUUGCAACACUAUGGAAGCUACUAAGCAGCUGAAGUGAAUGACUUCAAAAGAGUAGUGCACAAAAAGAAAGCAAGAAACAAUGUAUAUAUUGUUCAUUUGAUGGCAAGUUUUUAACAUGGAGUGCCAAUCAGAAAAACAGUUUCUUCAAAUGUGCUUUUAAUGCAUGCUUUCCUGUAGAAUAUUAAUAAAUUUAUACACAAGUAACUUU